AUGAAAGAUAAAAAACUGAAGGGUCUUCGAAGCGAUCUGGUGUUGUAUCGAUCCAAGGUAUGGCGUCUUGCAGCUUACAGUAGAUUGUCUAUUGUGGUUCUGCAGUAUGUUUUCAAUGCGCUGAUUCCAGAUCACAAAGCUCAGGGAGUGUUCAUAUCGCCAGGCCUUGAUGACAAAGAUGAUACCAGUAUUGGCCGUACCGUAACUGAUAUCCUGGGUGGUUUUCUCCGUUGGGACGCUCAAUACUUCCAUCAUAUCUAUCGAUAUGGCUAUACGAGUAUUGCUCAACAAUAUCGUAUUUGUUUUCACUGCAUUGGUGUUAUUCGAUUUGACUUUACGCAUACAUAA